AUGCAUAGAGAUCUCAAUCCGGAGAAUUUUUUGUUUGCAAAUAAGAAGGAAACUGCAGCUUUGGAAGCUAUAAAUUUUUGUUUGUCGGUGUUUUUUCAACCAGGUGAAAGAUUUAAUGAGAUAGUUGGAAGUCCAUAUUACAUGGCUCCGGAGGUAUUGAAGAGAAAUUAUGGCCCGGAAGUAGAUAUUUGGAGUGCUGGAGUUAUUCUAUACAUCUUACUUUGUGGUGUGCCUCCAUUUUGGGCAGAAACUGAGCAAGGAGUUGCAUAA